AUGCGUUCAAAAAGAAUUCAAGAUAAAAAAGAAGAAAAAAAAGUUGUGAAAGAAAAAACCAAUGUGAAGAAGAAAGCUGUAAAAGAGAAAACAAAGGUCAAGAAGUCAGCUGGGACAGGAAUUGCCACUGGCAGAGUAACGAGAAGAACUGUGGUUGUUGCUGCUCCAAGGAGAACGAUACAAAAAAGAAAAAAAUACAAUUCUUCAGCUCUGUAUGGUGCAUUGAAAACUUUGCAGGACACUAACUUGGCCUUAAGAAGAGUUUCUGAUGCUUACGGGAUUCCACUAUCCACCUUGCACAGGAAGAAUAAAAAUCCUGAUGAUUGUGAUAAAAAAUCUGGAAACGGUCCUGUUUUAGGUAAAGAAGUUGAAGAUGAAAUUGCUAAGUGGAUCAAGUACAGGACGCAGACCGGACACCCAGUGACAAAAAAUCAACUUUUAGACGCCAUCGACUCUUAUGUUAAAAUUAUGAAGUUGAAAACACCUUUCACAGAAGAUCGACCAGGAAGAAGCUGGUUCUCGGGCUUCAGGCAGCGCUAUUCUGAUUUAGCUAUAAGAAAAACUCAACAGCUAAACCACACCAGGGCUGAGGUGUUCAGGGAAGAUAUUGAAGGGUGGUUUGCAGAAAUCCAAAAGUACUUGGGCAAAAAAAGUUUAACAAAUAUCAGUGCUGACAGGAUUUUUAACUGCGAUGAAACUAGUGUGGCAGUUUGUCCAAAAGGUGAAAAUGUGAUUACUCUGAAAGGAGCUCGCACAGUAUAUAGCAUAUGUGAUGCUGAUAAGGCAUGUUUUACUGCAUUGUUUAUGUAUAAUGCAGCAGGUACUCGUGCACCUCCCAUGGUAAUGUAUAAUUAUCAAGAUGAAGUGCCACAGAGUAUUUUGACAAAUUCGCCUGAAGGAUGGGGCACAGGAUUAUCAGAUAACAGUUGGAUGACUGCUGAAUCAUUUUAUGGAUACAUUUGCAACGUUUUCUAUCCAUGGUUACUGAAACAAAAUAUAGAAUUUCCAGUUAUUAUUUAUGCUGACAAUCACGCCUCGCAUUUCAAUAUUCCUCUAGUCACUUUUUGUCGUGAGAGACAAAUAGAAUUGUUAGGAUUGAUUCCAAAUAGUACUCACAUUAUACAACCUCUUGACAUUUCAUUUUUCAAGAGUUUCAAAGAGAGUUGA